AUGCCGAACAAAGGGAAGACCUCAGCUGACAAGUCUGCCGCGGCACAGGCAAAAGCCGCGCAGGUCACUUCCCAUGCGGAUUUCGCUGGAAAGUUUGGCAACGGUAUAUGCCAAAACAAAUCGACCUGCACACUCUGGCCACGUUGCGUGAGCUCUGAGAGCAGCCUUUGCCGGGGUCUCACGCAGAAUCUCUCGAUGGGCGGUCUGUUUCUAGCUGAGCUGUGCGGAUACCCAUGUAGAUCGCCCCAGCCCGGCCUGUCUGCCCGUGAACGCGAGGUUUGGACGACACGGUGUGACGAGUGA